AUUUUAAGAGGAUUUCAGUAAGAAUGAUUCAUUUCUUUUAAUCACUCCCAUCUUUAGUUCGAGGUUGUGUCAUGUCUCAGAUGGUCAGAAGGUUGAUAGAUUUCGUCAUUAACCGCUCACUUUAGAUUGAAACAAUUCAAGGUUCGGGCUAUGAUCUAUUUCGGGAGUCCAUAUCAUUUUUUACGUCCAACUAUACUUUUCUAGUGUAAGGACUUCGAAGUGCUAUUUGAAUUAAAAAGUGAUUUUUCAGAAAAUUAGUUAACUUAUUACCUUCCUUUAUAAUUAUCGGACUUUUCGUCCUGAAAAGAGCCAUUCACUUGGUCAGCAGGAGUGCACUAUUUAGCCUCCUGCAGAAGAUAGGCUCCCCAAGGACUGUUCCAUGGUCGUAUCAUUCCAUGACAACAGUUUGCUACAACGCUAGAACAUCUGGUAGCUUCUGUCAGUUUCUGUGAGCAGUGGCGUGAAGCAAGGCUGCGCCUGGCCCUGACACUCUUUGGGAUCUUCUUCUCCAUGCUUCACCAGUAUGCAUUAGGCGAAUGCACAGAAGGCUUCUAUAUCCGUACCAUAGACCGACUACGUGCCAAAACAAUGGUCAUGAUGGUUCUCAUUCGUAAGAUGUUGAAUGGAAACGAUGUCGCCCUUGCUUCUCAAGAAGCGGGAGUACAAGAAACAGCCGCCUGUCCUGUGCAUAUAAGGAGUUUUGAUCACCCAUCAGCCUAUGAGACAGAAAUCCUGAUCGACUCAAGACACUGACAAUCCUCCAGAUAUCUAUAUCAACAGCAUGCACUCGUCUGGUUGUGGACGACUCUUCACCUACCUUGGAUCGACUAUCUGUCUCUAGCUUAUUUUCCCUGGACAAUGAGAUAAGCAUCAGAAUAUGAAAAUCUGCCACAGUCUUGGCAAAGCUUCUGUACGGAAGUCCUGGAAAACGUACGCCGACCAAGAAAAAAGUGGCUGAACACCUUUCAUGUCAACUGCCUCGGACGUUUCAUGCACAUUGAAUGGCAGGACAAAGUGAAAAAUACAUGUACAGAGGCCCUUCAUCGUACGUGCUGGCAUCCCCAGUUUAUUCUCGCUCUCUAGUCAAAGGCGCCUCAAGUGGUUGGGGCAUGUUUGCAGCAUGAAACCUUGGUGAAUCCCAGAAGCGAUUCGCCAAGGUAAGGUGAGCUGUGUGACUGGUCUCAUCCCAGACACCUGCAAACGUCAUAUAUAUGACUUGCCAGCAUAGACACUAACACUUAUAAAGAUGUAGAUGAUAGUCGCCAUUCUAUGAAGAGCUACUAAGUACAGGGGUCAAGACGUCAGAAAAUAAUCGAAAUGCUAAAUUGGCAGACCAAAGACCUAGGAGGAAGGCUAGGACAGCAUUUCUAUCUAAACCUGUCUCAGCGUCAUUCUCCUUCAUCUGCACAAAUUUGGUCUAGAGACUGCCACUUACAGCCACUCUCGAAAAUGUAGGACCUAGCGCUACACCAUCGUCUUUAAUCAACGAACAGAUGCCUACCCGAAUCAUUGGACACAUUGAUUUCGAAAAAAAUAUGGAGAAAACACUUUCAAAUUAAAAUAAGACUCUAAAAGCCUGUUCAGUACAAAAGUAUGGAUGGACAUUAAAACAACUAAAAAUACACGCGAAAUGGAUCAUAGCCCAAACCUAAAGAGGGUUCAUUCUAAGGAGCCAAUGAGGAUGUGGUGGAAAACAAGCCAGAAGAAGUAGUCAAAUCAAGAGAAACAUGGGGCAGUGGGGUAGAGUUCAUUCUCUCAACCAUGGGCUAUGCCAUCGGUCUCGGCAAUGUGUGGCGUUUUCCUUAUAUGUGCUAUGAGAAUGGAGGAGGUGCAUUUUUAGUGCCAUACUUCAUCAUGCUGUUUAUUGUGUGCUUCCCCAUCAUGUUCAUGGAAAUGGGUCUUGGUCAGUUCAGUAGUUUGGGAUGCAUCUCUGUCUGGGAAAUCAGUCCAUUCUUCAAAGGGAUUGGUUAUGCCAUGACAUUGGUGUCUUCCUACUUUUGUUUCUACUACAUCAUCAUUAUGGGUUAUUCAAUCUUCUACAUGUUUGCUAGCCUGCAAAGUGAACUGCCAUGGAGAGGCUGCAAUCAUACAUGGAACACGAUAAAUUGCUUUGAAGGUAUCAAAGAACUCAACCAAACUGCCAACUGGUCCAACCCAGUGUCCACUGCCAUGCCAAAUGCCUCUGGAAAGGUCUGGGCUACGGAAGAGUACUGGAAAUACUAUGUAUUAGAUCAGACUGAUGGUCUUCAUGAUAUGGGUGUUAUCCGUUGGCAACUUCUUCUCUGUUUCAUUGCAACCUGGAUCAUUGUUUAUUUCUGCAUCAUCAAGGGUGUCAAGACUUCCGGCAAGGUGGUGUACUUCACAGCCACGUUUCCUUUCCUUGUUCUGUUCAUCCUCCUCAUCCGAGGGCUAACUCUGGAUGGCGCUAUUGACGGAGUUCUCUAUUUCAUCAGGCCUCGCUUUGACAAGCUACUAGAUGCUAAAGUAAUUUCCAUUUUCCUUAGCCUAGUUAUUAUACAUAAGGGAAUAUGUUUGAAGCAUAUGAUUUAAAAACUUAUCCACACC